GCAGUUUCAGUGGUGCAGAAUGGCGGACCUCAGUCUUGUGGAUGCAUUGACAGAGCCACCUCCAGAGAUUGAGGGAGAGAUAAAGCGAGACUUUAUUGCCACACUGGAGGCAGAGCCCUAUGAUGAUAUUGUGGGAGAAACUGUGGAGAAAACUGAGUAUAUUCCUCUCCUGGAUGGUGACGAUAAAACUGGGAACUCAGAGUCCAAGAAGAAACCAUGCUCAGACACUAGCCAGACUGAAGGUAUUCCAUCGUCUAAACCAACACUUCUAGCCAAUGGUGAUCAUGGAAUGGAGGGGACUAACACUGCAGGAUUUCCAACUGACUUUCUUGAAGAGAAAAUGGCCUAUCAGGAUUAUCAGAACGCCCAGAACUGGCCAGAAGAUGCAGGCUUUUGUUUCCAGCCCCAGGAAGCGUUAGAUACUAACCAGGCUGAUCCCUUUAAGAUGCACCAUGAUGGUGACCUGGCGGAUCUGCUCUUUGCCGCCAGUGGCCCCACAAAUGCUUCAGCAUUCAUAGGGCAAAGUGAUCCUCUGGAAGACAGUUAUGGUAUGCUUCCCUGUGACUCAGUUGCUCCCACGGCUGUUGUAUCUGAGGAGUGGUCUAUGGAAGCCCCAAACUCUCCACACUCAGAGUCCUUCACGUCUCCAGAGGUUAUUGGAGAAACCCUACAACCAGCAGCAGAGCUAUCCCAGGAAAUAGAAGUGGAAUCAGUAAAAGAGCAGCUGCCAACUAAAGCAUUGGAAAUGAUGGCAGAACAGAAGAUCACUGAUACGGUGCCAUCUAGAGAAACAGAGCUCUCUCCAUCUAUCGACAUGACACCAGGCAUGGAAACAGAGGUAGCAGUGGCUAAAGACACAGAAGAGACCACCAAACCAGAUGCUGUAUUGGCAAAUGUCAUGCAGCCAUCCAUUGAAUCAGAUAUGUUCCUGGCCGAGGACAGCAAACUACCCAUAGGAACAGACGAGAUCCCUGUUAAAGAGAUCGUAUUGCCUGCAGAAGCAGUUGUAUCUUCAGCCAAGGAUAUGGCACCGCCUACAGAAACAGAAAUGAGCCCAGGCAAAGAUGUGACACUGUCCAAUGAAACAGAUAUGACAAUAAAAAUGGACUUGGCACCACCUGAGGAUAUCGUACUUCCUAAAGAAACAGAGCUAGCCCCAGCCAAGGGCAUGGUUUCACUCUCAGAAAUAGAAGUGGCCCUGGCAACAGAUACUGAGCCCUCUACAGAAGUACCUACAGCUGAGGAGGUGGUCCUGGCAACAGACAUGGCCCUGCCCUCAGAUACCAUAAAGAUGUUGACAGAGGAUGUGGCACUCUCCUUAGCAACAGAGGGAUCCCUGGGCAAGGACAUGACUCCAUUUCCAGAAACAGAAACCCUGGGCAAGGAUAUGGCUCCACCCACAGAAAUGAAAUUGGGCACAGUCAAAGAUGUGGCUCUACUCCCAGAAUCAGAAGUGGCUCUCUCCAAGGAUGUGGUUACACUUCCAGAAACAAAGGUGACUGAGCUCAAUAAUGUUACUCCACUUUCAGAAAAAGAGGUAUCCUCAAUCAAGGACAUGUCUCUGCCUCCAGAAACAGAGGCUUCCUUGGCUAAGAAUGCCAUUCUGCACUCAGGAACAGAGGUAACUCCGGAUGACAGCAUGACUCCAGCCAAGGAUGUCUCACUGCCCUUGGAGGCAGAAGUAGCACUAGUUCAAAUUAAAGACAAGGAAACUGCACAGAUUCAAGAAGAACUAAGUGAAGACUCCCAGUUAGAAUCUGUGCAGCACAAGGAACAGUCCACAGCACCUUCUUGCGUGAUUUCACCAGAACCAGUUAAAGCUGCAGACCGAAAGUCUAACUUGCCAACAGAUGAAGGUUCUGCAUUAGAGAAGUUAGAGCAGAAGGAAACACCUGGCAGUCAGCCUUCUGAACUUUGUUCAGGAAUAGCCAGGCAAGAAGAAGGAAAGGCUGCUGUGGGUGUAACCGGAAAUGAUAUCACUACCCCACCAAACAAGGAGCUACCGCCAAGCCCAGAAAAGAAAGCAAAGCCUUUGGCCACCACUCAGCCUGCAAAGACGUCAACAUCGAAAGCCAAAACACAGCCCCCUUCUCUCCCUAAGCAGCCAGCUCCCACCACCUCUGGUGGGUUGAGUAAAAAACCCAUGAGCCUCGCUUCAGGCUCAGUGCCAGCUGCCCCACUCAAACGCCCUGCUGCUGCCACUGCUACUGCCAGGCCUUCCACCCUACCUGCAAGAGACGUGAAACCAAAGCCAAUUACAGAGGCUAAGAUUCCUGAAAAGCGGACAUCGCCAUCCAAGCUUGCAUCUGCCCCAGCCCUCAGGCCUGGACCCAAAACCACCCCAACUGCCUCAAAAGCCACUUCUCCCUCAGCUCUUGUUUCCACUGGGCCAAGCAGCAGAAGUCCUGCCACACCCCAGCCUAAGAGGCCUAGCACUACUAAAACUGAGGGGAAACCUGCUGAUGUCAAAAGGAUGACUGCUAAGUCUGCACCAGCUGACCUGAGUCGCUCAAAGACCGCCUCUACCAGUUCUGUGAAGAGAAACUCCACUCCCACUGGGUCAGCACCCCCAGCAGGGAUGGCUUCCACUCGAGCCAAGCCCACGCCUGCACCUUCCCGGCCUUCUGUGGCUCUUUCUGUGGACAAGAAGCCCACCUUGGCUAAACCUAGCUGCUCUGCUCCCAGGCUGAGCCGCCUGGCCACUACUGCUUCUGCCCCUGACCUGAAGAGCGUUCGCUCCAAGGUUGGCUCUACAGAAAACAUCAAGCACCAGCCUGGAGGAGGCCGGGCCAAAGUAGAGAAAAAAACAGAGGCAGCUGCCACAGCUGGAAAACCUGAACCUAAUGCAGUCACUAAAGCAGCCGGCUCCAUUGCGAGUACACAGAAACUGCCUGCUGGGAAAGUCCAGAUAGUCUCCAAAAAAGUGAGCUACAGCCAUAUUCAAUCCAAGUGUGGUUCCAAGGACAAUAUUAAGCAUGUCCCUGGAGGUGGCAAUGUUCAGAUUCAGAACAAGAAAGUGGACAUGUCCAAGGUCUCCUCCAAGUGUGGGUCCAAAGCUAACAUCAAGCACAAGCCUGGUGGAGGAGAUGUCAAGAUUGAAAGUCAGAAGCUGAACUUCAAGGAGAAGGCCCAGGCCAAAGUGGGAUCCCUCGAUAACGUGGGCCACCUGCCUGCAGGAGGUGCCGUGAAGAUUGAGACCUACAGGCUGACGUUCCGGGCAAAUGCCAGGGCUCGCACCGACCAUGGGGCCGACAUUGUCUCCCGGCCUCCCCACUUCCCUGGCGGCCCAAGCUGGGGGCCCCGGCCCCUGGGCUCCUAUUCCCGGGCUGUCUACUAGACUUGUAAGCUCUUGGGUGCUGGGCAGCCCCUUUAGGCCUUCUUCCCUCGCCUCGCUUGCUCAAGGCAGCCGCAGCAGCCCUGCUGCCUUCACACCUCCUUCUGCCCCUUCUGGACCCAUCUCUGCACCACUGCUCCGUAGAUAAUGUUGGGAGGGGUGGGAGUCUAAGGGGAUCUCUGUGGGAUCUAGGGGCAGGGAGCUGGAUUCUAGCCUCCACGGUUUGGUUUUUUUGGACCAAACUGGAAAGAAACUGACAAACACUCGCUCUCUUCCCUGGUUCAGCCUGGAGGGACUAGCAGAGGUGAACUCCAGGUGGUGACCAGCACUGACCGAAUCCCCUGGAGCCUAACAAACCACUGCCUCUCCUGAUGACACAGUGCAGGCCACCAUGCAGGUGGUACCAGGCCCUUUUGCUGCCCCCGCCUCAAGUUAGCUAGGGGUCAGUACUUGCCCCACUGCUCACUCUCCCUGAAUAGCUGCUGUCUCACUUUUUUCUUUUGUUUUAUUUUUCCCCCCUCCUAAUAACCUAUGAACUGGUGGUGUAGUUUGCAGGUUGAAGCCAUGUCUAAAUGAGAGUUCUCCGUAGGUAGUGGAGGAAGCGGGGAAGGAGAUCCUGAGUCUCCACUGAGGAGGCUUGCAGGCAUUAGGGGCUGCCCUACUCCGGGCAGUUUGGGACCCUGUGGGAAGGGAAGUAAGAAGUGGGGCUACUGCCAAGUGAACAGUGGGACAGCUAGGGUGGGUUGGUGGGACUGGCUGUGUUGGUAUUGUGUGUAUGCUGCUUUUCUAACCAAGAGGCUGGUUUUGGUCGUCGAUGUGUGAUACAAAAAAACCAGGGCUGGAGAAAUAGAAGUGAAGGUCAAAAUCCCUGGCCUGCACCUGUAGGACAUGGUACUCGAACCCUCAUGACCGGGGGAGCCUGAGAUGUCCAGAACGCAUGUUGAACAGUGGGGAAUCAGGUGUGGAAAUUUGAAACUAAAAUGCAUGAGACUGGGGCCAUCCCACUUUUCUUCUGGUAUGACUGGAAAGAAAGAGCAGGAGAGGCCAGCCGUGGUGAUGCAGCCAUCCCAGCAUGGUCUGUUUAUGGGUGGGAUGGCUGCCGUGUUGAGAAAAUCCCAGGAAUUGUAUCAACACAAGAUUCUUAUUGCACUUGUAUUUUUUUUUUUUUUUUGUAUUAAAGUUUGCAUGGUUUCUAAUAAAGGGUUCAAACCUAAGUUUGUAGUGAAGUGGCCUGGGAGUGUUUCAGGGCUCCUCUGGGGGGGGGGGGUGUCUUCUGCUGGGCAGAUUUGCCUCUCAGGAGGCUGACCCACACCUGACCCCCUGUGCCCUCCCCGACACAGCCUCCACCUCUGCUUCAGUGUAGCUUGAGCAGCAAAAGGUCUUCACUAGCUCUGUGCCAAGGGAGGGCAUCCCUGGGCUGAAGGUCCUCUCCGUUUCUGAGGCAGCAGUCUCUUUUCAGAAAAUCUCGAUACCUAAUCCCUGGCUCUUUGCACACACACAAGGAAUUUCUGUGGCCUCUAGAAAAAGGACUGCCUGAGCCUUCUUUGUAUUUUGCACCAAGAAGGGGCAAGAUGGAGCUGGGAUGGAUGCAGCGGGGACCAGGGUGGUGAUGGCUAAGGGCAUAAAGGUACUUGCUACCCUCCUUGAUGUUGGUCCUGGAGCCUUGAGGAUGCUGAGAUUGACAAGAAACAAGUCCACCUGCCAAGAGAAAGGAAGGUGGCCCAAGCUCUCUAGGCAGGUCCCUGGAUGGGUCCCACCGGCCCGAGAGAAGCCGUGAAGGCUGGUCUAGCAGACUGGGACCACAGGCCGUACAAUGUGUAGACUUUGAAACGUUUGGAAUAAGAUCUUUCUGUACUUUCCAGUUUGCUCAUGGCUUAGCCAUUACCUGUGUCUGUAGUCGUUGUACUGAUUUAACCAAUAAAGCUGCCUGACAUCCCGCUA